CUUCACCGGUUACGCGUACCUAAGCAGCAGUAGGGGGAAACAAACCGAGUCCAAAGGAUUAAUUUUUCAUGCUAAUUCUUGUAUUUAUUUUUCCUUUUAAUCAUUCUUCUCAAGUCUGAAGUGCAUCGAGAGUUUUGUAAGGACGUGAUGAUUGACGACUUCACAACCCAUGUGGUCCGAUCUAGUGGAGAUCUUUGGUCUGAGGUCUGCUCCAGUCUGCCAGAUCUACAGGGACAUGAUGAUGGACAAUUUACAGACUCAUUUCAGCCUUCCUCUCGAGGGACCCUUCAGCCAAACACCCCCAGAGCUUCAUUCAGCCCCUGGGAACCAAUGGCUGACUCUGAAGUUUACAUUGCUAGUUUAGAAAGUCGAUUGAAGAGAAUCAAGGGACAAUCAAAUGAGGUAACAUCUAGGGUGAUGCUCCGUUCCUUGUCCCAGGCAAAAAAGGAAUGCUGGGAUCGGUUUCUCCAUGACGCUCAAACCUCAGAACUGUUCCAGGAAGGAAAAUUCGAUCAGAGUGCUUUGGAACAUUUCAAGCGCUGGCUGUCCCCUGAAAGUGUGGCCAUCAAUGCAGAAGAGCUGGAGUACCUUCUUUUGCCCACAAAGAACAGUGAGGUUCCUGCCAGCAUGGCCCAAACUGAUAAGCAAUGUGAAGAGGAGUGCCCAAGCCCAGAGAAAUAACCAUAUCACAGCAAUAACCAGUUUUGCUCUACUGACCAUCAGUGUUAGGAGAAUUAAGUGUUUAAAGGGUCUUGUUGUGGAAAGCAACUAUAAAGUAUUGUGACCUAUUUAAGGGGGAUCAUUUGUUAACCUGAGUUACCAUUGACUUCAUUGCAUCUUUUUUCCAUAAAAUGAAAUUGAAUGGUCACUAAGGCAGUCAUUAUGCCUAAAAUAAUCUUUUGUGUUUCAUGCAAGUUAAAAAGUCAUAUGGGUUUACAACAACAUGAGUCGGGUAAGUAAAUCGUGACAUCAUUUUUUUACUAUCCCUUUUAAGGUAUCUUUGGCUCUGCAUGUUUCUUAAUCUGUUUUCAAUUCAGGAAUGCUGGGCAUCCUCUUUAUUCAUAUGUCAGUCUUAACACUGCUAGACAAUAAUGGUCUAGUGUGCGUAUAUAGGUCUGGAAACAAAGAUUUUAACAAUACUUAAGACAGUAAAAUAUGAAUUGCCAAAGAUCGCACUACAUUCUCUUCAGUGGCAGAAUUGUAAUUUGAGUGAAGUACAUAGUCUGAACACAGUAAAUAUUCUUACCAGCCAGAAGAACCUGAACCUUCACUAAAUGUUGUCACGUAACAUUCCACAAAUACUGUAUAUCAAUCAAAUCUCGUAAUUUUUUUGCUAUUAAAUUUA